GUGCGCUGCCCCUAUUCCAGUCUCCCCAGUCUGACUCCCGUUCCCCAAACCCAAUUUCCCCCUCCCCGCCCCCCCAGUCUGGCCUCCACAUCUAGAAGAACAUCUCCCCCCGCCCCCCGGUGCUCCCCCACCUCCCGGGACACCCCCCUCGAAUGCCGGGGGGUGUGGGGAGGGACAGGGGAGCCCCCCCCAGGGUCGCCCCCCCCCGGCGGGGUCACGCUGCGGCCUGGGGGUGCCCGGGGAAGGGUCGUGUUUGCACGGAGACAGGUGGCAAUGUCGCAUUGGCACGGGGACACCGGGAUCGUACUGGCACGGGGACGGGUCACACCUGCACCAGGGCUGUGCUUGGCUGCGGUUGUGUUUGCACCAGCGCCGUGUUUGCACAGGGAUGGGUCACACCUGCACUGGGGUUGUCUUUGCACAGGGACGGGGCUCAUUUGCACCAGUGUCGUGUUUGCACAGGGACGGUGACAUUUGCACGAGGGUCCCUUUUGCACCAGGGACGCACUUGCACGUCAUUGUGUUUGCACAGGGCCGGGUCGCAUUUGCACCAGGGCUGUGCUUGAUGGGGACAGUGCCAUUUGCAUGGGGACCGUGGCGUUUGCACAAGAAUGGUCACAUUGCCACGGGGAGAGCGACAUUUGCACGGGGCUGGUGACAGUGGCACGGGAAUGAUCGUACUUGCGCGGGGAGAGACUCUGGGCACGGGGUCGGUGGCAUUGGCACGGAAAUGAUCGUGCUUGCGCGACGUCAGUGACAGUUUCACGGGGAGGCUUGGCACUGGCACGGGCUUGGUGACACUGGCUCUGGGUCAGUGACACUUUCAUGGGGAGGGUGGCACUGGCGCGGGGUCGGGGACACUUGUGGGGUCCCGGCGCUGUCCGUGGUGCUGCCCCGCGCCGCCGCCUCCUGCCGGCAGAGGAUGCCCUUCGGGGCGGGGGUGGGGAUGCGAUGGGUUUGGGGGGUCUCAGGGACCCCCAUGGAGUGACCCUGCCCCGCCGCUCCCGCCCCGCUGGCCCCUGGCACCGGCAGGGUGGCACUUGGCUCGCUGCCAUCAGCUGGCUUCAGGGGUAAGGCUGCUGGCCGGGCGGCCCGGAGGGGGGCUUUGGGGGAGCUCUCCUCUCCCCCAGGAAGCGCCAUGGGCCCCUCUGGACCCCCUCACACCACCUAGACUCGUCUCCAGCCAGCAGCACCUCUCAACCCCGAGGGCAGCAGGAUGGCCCAGCAGCGCCAUGCCAUCCCCCCACCACUCAAGACGGAGGAGGACUACAUCCCCUACCCCAGCGUGCAUGAGGUGCUGGGCCGGGAGGGGCCGUUCCCCCUCAUCCUCCUGCCGCAGUUCGGGGGUUACUGGAUUGAGGGUACCAACCACCAGCUGAGCGGGGCCCCCGACUCGCCCCCCACGCCGGUACCUGGCGCCCGGGCAAAGCUGGAGGGCAACCACACAGCCAAGAUCUACCGCAAGCACUUCCUGGGCAAGGAGCACUUCAACUACUACUCCCUGGACCCGGCGCUGGGACACCUCGUCUUCUCCCUCAAGUACGAUGAGCAGGAGCACCUCCACCUGCUGCUGCGCACCCGUGCCCGCACCCUACAUGACGUGGUGCCCAUCUCCUGCCUGGCCGAGUUCCCCAACGUGGUGCAGAUGGCCAAGCUGGUGUGCGAGGACGUCAACGUGGAUCGCUUCUACCCCGUGCUCUAUCCCAAGGCAUCCCGCCUCAUCCUCGCCUUUGACGAGCACGUGCUCAGCAACCACUUCAAAUUUGGGGUCAUCUACCAAAAACUGGGGCAGACCUCCGAGGAGGAGCUUUUCGGCACGACGGAGGAGAGCCCCGCCUUCGCCGAAUUCCUCGACGUCCUGGGUCAGCGGGUGCAGCUGCGGGACUUCAAGGGGUUCCGAGGGGGGCUGGAUGUGACCCACGGACAGACAGGCAGCGAGUCGGUCUAUUGCCACUUCCGUGACAAGGAGAUCAUGUUCCACGUCUCCACCAAACUGCCCUACACCGAGGGAGAUGCCCAGCAGCUGCAGCGGAAGCGUCACAUCGGCAACGACAUCGUGGCCAUCGUCUUCCAGGACGAGAACACACCGUUCGUCCCCGACAUGAUCGCCUCCAACUUCCUCCACGCCUUCGUGGUGGUGCAGCUGGAGCAGGGGGGCCCCCAGGGCACCCUCUACAAGGUCUCGGUCACCGCCCGGGACGACGUGCCCUUCUUCGGCCCGCCGCUGCCCGACCCCGCCGUGUUCAGGAAGGGCCCCGAGUUCCAGGAGUUCCUGCUGACCAAGCUCAUCAACGCCGAGUACGCCUGCUACCGGGCCGAGAAGUUCGCCAAGCUGGAGGAGCGGACGCGGGCGGCGCUGCUGGAGACGCUGCACGAGGAGCUGCAGGCGCGCAGCCAGGCCAUGCUCGGGCUGGGCCCCGACGACGAGCGCCCCGACAACGGCGGCGCCGCCCCGGGCUUCUUCGAGUCCUUCAAGUCGCUGCUGGUGCCCGGGAGCCGCCGGGGACGCCGUGGCAGCGCCAUCGGGCUGGGCUCAGUGGAAGAGGCGCUGCUGGUGCCCGGGAAGAGCCCGUCGCGGCGGCGGCCCGGCCCCCUUGGCUCCCGCCGCUCCAGCGCCAUCGGCAUCGAGAGCAUCCAAGAGGCGCCGGCCGGCAGGGACGGCCCGGCAGCCGCCGACGGCUCCAGCUCCACACACAGCUCCCCCGAGAGCCGCCGGAACCCCGACAGGGCCGAGAAGCCGGAGCCGCCGGAUUUCUCCCGCUCCUCGUCCAGCGCCAGCAGCUUCGGCAGCGCCGCGGAGGAGCCCGGCGAGCCGGGACGGGAGAGCCGCUCGCCCUCGGGGAGCCACCGCGACGCCUUCACUGACACCCCCUGGCCGGAUGAGCCCCCCGAGACCCCCCCAGGCCGCUGCCCGCCUGACUCCCCCUGCCCUGAGAUCAAAAUCCACCUGGAGCAGCCCCCCCACGAUCCGAGUUCAUAGCCACCCCCCUCACCCGCGGGGGUGUCACCGCUUCGCCCGCUCUGUGUGCCACCCCUGUGCCAGGAGCUGAAGCCAUCGUCCCCGGUGCAAGAUUUGGGGGGACUCUCCAAAAAAUUGGGAUGUGCCCGCCUCCAGACAAUCUCUGUCACCCCAAAAACCCCUUGGGUGAGGGGGUGAUGCACCAUGAAGGGGCCCCCCUCUGCCGUGACCCCAAAAUGAAGAGUGGGUCCAACCCCAGCAUCAUCCCCUCCCUCCGAGAAAAGAGGGGACUCAAAUCCAGGGUAACCCCAAAGUGGAGUUCCCCCUCCCCCCCUUUUUUUUUAAGGGAAAAAAGUUCCGGAAUGGGCCGGAGGCUGGAACUGGGGGGAGGGGAGAAAUAUUUUUUCACACCCUCCCAAACUGUGUUUGUGUUUCCCGUGAGUUCUGUAUAAAAUAAAGGUUUAUUUAUCGCUACA